AUGGCCCCUGCACAGCCACAUCAACAGCUAAGCCUUAUACUAUGUGCCUUAUACGAAGGCACGUUCUCAAGCUCGGAAGCUGUCGGUAUGGUGUAUCGUGGCCGGCCUUCUACUGGGUGCAAAAAAUGUCGUGAGCGUAGAAUUAAAUGUGAUGAGCGCCCCGGUGGCUGCGUCAAAUGCUCUGAUCGCCAUCUCCAAUGCCCAGGAUACGAUCGCAACAUUGACAACUUCUUUCACGAUGAAACAGCGAAUGUUCAAGCAAAGGCAAAAAAGGCAAAGGCAAAAGCUAUCGCGGCUCGUGAUGCUCAGGAUGAAAUCGAGGCGCGUAAUCUGCGGGAAGCUUACUUACACAUAAUAGCCCAACAAUCGCCAACGCCGGCCGUAACAGCGUCACUCAUCGAUCAAGGAAUUUCCUUCUUCAUGUCCUACUAUACGCUUGGCAUUGAUCAGCCGCCUGUACAGUCCGAUGAGUACUCGAAAUAUCUGUCGACGCAUGGCUUCCAUCCAUUGGUCUCCACAUCCAUGACAGCUCUGGGCAUCGCUGGAAUAGCAAACCUGUACAUGGAUCCUCUCCUAAAGCGUGAAGCCACUCGCUGGUAUCUAGAUGCCAUCAAGAGGACCAACGCUGCCAUAUCGUCCCCUACAGCUGUCACAGCCGAUAGCACUCUCGCAUCUAUUAAUCUCUUGGGCAUGGUUGAAGCGACUUCCAAUGAGACAAGUUUACAAGGGUGGAGCAACCAUGUCCAAGGUGCUGCCUCCCUCAUCAAGAUGCGAGGCAUGGACCAGUUUUCAACCCCAGCUGGGCAGCGUAUGUACCUCCAUACUGUUGGGCUUCUUACCAUGAACUGCAUGGGAAAGGGCAUGCCCCUCCCCAAAUUUGUUCACGACCUCAACACUGAAGUCAUAAAGCACUUGGACAUCAAAGACCCUAGAAACCGCUUCUUCUUUCUUCAUAUCAAAACCAUCGACCUUCGAGCACGCAUUUUGAACCAGCAAACCCACUCACUACCCGACAUUAUAGAGUCAGCGCUUGCGCUCGAUAACAUCGCAGUCAAUAUCUUCAAAGACUCAGGGCCAGAAUGGGACUACGAUAUUGUACUAUGCGAGAAACGACCAGAAAUCUUCGACCACUUCUACCAUAUCUACCACACGGCAAUAGCCGCUCAAACUUGGAACUGGGUGCGCUACAACAGAAUAUAUUUUCAUGACAUUAUCCGAAAUUGUAUAUUAGCAGGCUUCGCGUCUACACCACCAGCCCUUGUUGGAGCAAAGUACCAUGAACAACUGGAAACAAGUGUCCGUACCUUGUAUAAUUUACAAUCGGAUAUCUUGGCCGGUAUGCCGCAAUUCCUACACGAUGUACCUGGCGAAGUACCAAGCGAUGCGUCAGAUUACACUAGCAACAAGUCAACUCCGACAUCUGUUGGGGAUAAACUCAGCGCGUCGCCAGCGACCGCAGCUUUUCCAAAAAUUCCUCCAAAAUCACCUGCAGAGUUUCAGACUGCUUUGAAGACCCUUGAUCAAAACUUCAAAGGCAUGCCAUCAGGCGUUGUCAAAGCCCUCAUCGGCACCGGCUCAGUCAAAGGCCGACUUCCCAUUAUCCGUGUAGCAGGAGGCUACUCAACUGUAUGGGCCCUCUAUGUGAUUAGUCCUCACCAACCAUUUUGCCCUCCACAGGCUGGCUCCACGCCCAUCGCAUCCCCAGAAAGCCAAAACUUCGUCGCAAAAUGCAUGACGCGCGUGCAAAAAGAAUUCGGCAUCAAUCAAGCCCAAGUCCUCGGUAAAGCACUGGAAUACAAGAGAUACCUAGCUGAAAAGGGCGCGAUUCCAUUUAGCAUAUGUCCACAGUAUCUGCCACCUGAUUCGGAGCCGUACGUGCGGCCUAAGCCGAGUGUAUGA